CUGCCGCUUGCAACGAGACGGGCAGCACCACCAUCAGCAGCAUCAUCUGAACGGCGUAGCAAGUGACAGGGAAGGAAGGGAUGUCGGGAGCCCAGGGCGCGCACCCGGUCGGCCAGACGACGCCGACGACGUACGAGUCGGUGGGCGGCGGGGAGAACCGCACGCGCACGGACCUGCGGUCGCGGGAGGACCAGGGCGCCAUCCAGAUCGAGAAGGUGCAGGACAAGGUCGACGAUGCCGUGGGGCGAGGGGUGGACCACCGCGUCUUCGGCGACAAGAAGGAGGGCCGCAACGCCGACGCUGACCCAGGGGCCACCGGCACCGGCGCGUGACCGGGGGCCAUGGCUCGCGUCGCGCGCUCGUGUUGCUCGUGCUCUGUUUUCCUGCGUGUGAGGCCUUUCUAUGUACGCAGCCACUGCUUGUGGAAGAUGGCAGCGACUGAUGAAAUAACAUGUUAGCGUACCGUCGGGUUUGAAAUU